CGCGUCAGUACUCGGAUGUCUGAGCAGAGAAGAUUUGAUCCGUUGGUCUAUCAAUUCUGACAAUCUAUCUUACAGAUGCUUAGCUUCCAACGGGUUCCUGCUUAAAGAUUGGGGCCAGUUAAAUAACGUUGACCGAGCAUGCGUACAUUCGUACAUACAAAGCUCGGUGGAAAGAUACUGGGAAUUGGAAAACGCAGAAAGAGACAAAACCUUUCACGAUACGUGUCGCAAAUUUAUAAAGCACAAUAGAGAUUGUCCGGGGAAUUGGUACGAGGAUGAUCAGCAGUUACAUCUGCGAAUUCUACUUAUAGGACUGUGGUGCGGGGCAAUUGCAGUUAUUAAACGGACGGAGAUGGAAAAGUUGACCAUCGCCAAAUAUAUACCCUUAGAGUGGCGGCGGAGAGUAGAUCUCUUGACAGUCACAGAGUCAGGUCAGACGAAAAAAAUGCGCGAGGCGGGUGCGAUUGAAUACAGCAGGAUAAGGAUAAACGAAUUCCCAUACGCACCUUCUCAUGGUAUGUCCCUAGCUGGCGGUGAGCAUCUCGAAGGGAAGAAGAGAGUUGGAAUGCUGCAUCAACUGAGUCUCCCUUGUGACCCUACCUCAAGGCUCGAGAAUUGGUAUUUGAUUGAUAUAGAAAAGAUUCUGCAAGAGUGUAAAGUCAUGAAUCCGAAUCCCAGGGGCGCCACUAAACUUCCGAACGAAGACUACCACGCGGUGGGGCAGAACCCGAAAAUAGGUUCUUCCGUUGCUCGGACUCAACAUACGCAAGUCUGGAGGGCUACAGUACAGGAUUAUAACGUGUAUACUAGGGUAAACAGGCCGCACUAUUAUCCCGCUAUCAAUGCACACGUCGACGUUAUCCAGGUGGGCAGUAAAGCAGAUGGAUCAUUCAUCAAGUUCACUGUCGAUGACGUGUGCGAUUACAACUUUGUAGUGGCGAUCACGGAUCUGAGGAUGAAGAUGCUCAAGUCUUUCGGAGGGCCGCAUCGCGUCGACCUGAAUGUAGUUGCAAUGCAUGACGGGAACAAGUCGUAUGUCGUGACUGUAUGUGUACUGAGCCAGCUAGAGGAGUUUGUCAGCCCCGAGACGGGUCUGAAAUUAACGCGCAAUCCGGAUACCGGGAAGACGUCGGUAGACUUCGAUCUGAGAUCAGGUUACGAUAGAAUAGACACGCAAAAGAGCGGCGGCAACUUUCAGGUGUACACGACUAUGGCUUUCGACACUGCCGUAAAAGAGGGCAAGGCUAUAUUGAGUCGACUGUAUGACUACACGUGCAAACCAGGCUGUGCGAAAGUAAUUGAAGACUGGCUCGUGGAAUUGGAUGCAGGUCAACAAUAGUUCCACAGCUCGGCGUGCAAUUCCGCCUCGAUAACGAUCAACAUAUACAAAGAUCAACGUAAAUAAAGAUACAGUGCCGUCCGA